AUGAAUUCCAAAACAAGGCAAAAUAUAACAGUGUUAACCAUAAUCAUUACUUCUGUGAUUGGUGGAUCCUUUUUAUAUUUGAGUUCAACAGAAAAACAUUUUGGUAACAAAAAUUAGAUCAUUUGAUUUAGAAAGUAGUGAUUGCGUUUUAUUAAGAACUUAUACCCAUUAUUUUGGAAUAUUUUGUAUUACAAUAACAGCUUUUUUAAUGUUAUUUUACAUAUAUCAUUAUAGAUUGUUCUUAUUAGCUUCAAUAGCCCUUAAAGAUCCAAAUUGUAUGACAGGAGUUGAUCAAAUUGAACUGAUUUCUGGAAUUAUUGGAAUAAUUUUUGCCCUUUUAAUUGCUGUACUUAAAUUAAAUUUAUUUUAGUAUGCACUUUACCUAAAUGAACCUUGUGGAAACUUAAGAAAGUUCACAAUCUUAUAUUUUAUAUUAGCAUCUAUAUUUUAUUGUUUAGGAUGCUGUGGAAUCUGUGCUGGAUUAGGAACAUUAGACUAAUGA